AUGGCCCAAGACAACUCAGUCAUCUUCGAUUGGACCCUGCUGAUGUCUCUUCCGUGGGAGAUCCGCUUUGUCAUCUUCGAAAGCAUGCCAUACCACACCCUCAUCGCCCUCCGCCUCGUCAACCGCCAACUCUCCCGCCUCAUCACCAUCAAAGAUCUCCUCGUCGCGCACACACGCCUAGCCGCCGAGCUAGAGCACUGCGAACGUAUCAACUUCCCCUGGCCAACGUACCUCCUCGACCUCACCGGGCCCUACCGAGAAGCACUGGAGCAAUGUUUCAGCCACCACACCAGCCAGGACGUACAGUACCUGACCCCCGAAAUGCUAUCGACACUCUCAAACGAGCCCCUGGUGCCAGCCACAUCUCUGCUCGCCUGCCUCCCUAAACACCGCAACAACCCCCACGGCCACCGCUACCGCCUACACAUCAUCCCCUCCCACCUGUCCCCCACUACCCCGCAACCACGCACUUCCCUUCUCCAAAUCCCCUGCUCCCGCUGCCUCCUCCUCUUGCCCCUAACGCACUUCACCCCCUCGCAGAUCGCACACAAACGCGAUCCCCGAGCCUGCGAUCCCCGUGGCCAGCAAUGGGGCUACGACCGUCGCAACUUCCACCGCUUCUGUAUCGAUUGCGCGCUGCAUUCGGGACGAUGGGCGACGGGGCAGAGAUUGACGUCUUUGUUCCCGCCUGGACUUAUUCCAAGCCAACGGCAUGGGUCUGUGGUGAUUAGGCUCGAUUGUGCUGGGUGUCGUGUGAAGGUGCCGAGUUGGGCGUGGUAUCCGCCGUUGCCGGAGAGCAUGGGCAGGCGCGAGACUAUAACGAUGAGGCUGUGUCCGCGCUGUCGACAUGAGACGUAUCGUCAGCCGAGGGGGGAUCUGCCGGAUUUGUGUCGGAGAUGGAUGCUUGAGCUGCAGAAUAAAGGGGCGAAUGCAAGAAUGUGGAUGAGGCGGGAGCUUGAGGAGCGAUGGGAUCGGGAGGCAGAAUACAUGGAAGAUGCAGCCCAGGCGAUGAGCUUGGGGGAGGAGGAGGAGGAGGUCGCUGACGACAAAGCGGAAUCGACGCCGUCUUCCAUUGUAGAUCCUGAGGUUCACAUCUUAAAUGCACUGAUACCGAGGUGGUGUUUCCACCACAAGGAGCAAUGA